AACAAUUGACAAAGUGAGGCUGGCAAUCAGAAGGCAACAGACUAGGCACACUUGGUUGAGACUGUGUGACCUGACAGAAUCCUCCCUGAGGAACCAAGAUCUCAGUUCAGCGACUGGCAUCGUACUGCCUGAAUCGCGAUCUCAGGCUUAUUGUCUUCCCGGCUACCUGCGACUCAUCCUGCUUCGAUGCGAUUCUUUGAAAAGACAGUCUACUCUCCCUCCUAACACUGUUUGUCCAUUGAUGAAAAGCAUUGCAGUGAUCUCUUCAUAUUCCUGAGAUUUUCUCUGCGAUCAGCCGUCCACCUUAAUCCUCUAUCUCAUUCCGCUAGCACUCCGACGGCAAUACCGGCUUCACAGUUGCUUCCCCGCCGAUCAAGGUGCAGAGAAAAUGGCAGGGCAAAAGGCGAGACGGUUAGCGAAAGAGCUGGCAGACAUCCGAGCUGAUUCCGAGACCACCGUCUUUGCUGAGACCGUAGGAGACAGCCUUACAAACCUCAGAGGCACCUUCAAAGCCCCAUCAGGGACCCCAUACGAAGGCGGCAACUAUGAAGUUUCUAUCAAGAUUCCCAAUGAGUACCCUUUCAAGCCACCGGUGAUGAAAUUCGUGACAAAGAUCUGGCACCCGAAUAUCUCCAGUGUAACGGGUGCUAUUUGCCUUGAUACCCUCAGCACAGGCUGGUCCCCUGUCUUGACCAUCAAGGCUGCCAUGAUAUCUUUACAAUCUCUCCUCAACUCACCAGAACCCAAGGAUCCUCAAGAUGCGGUCGUCGCCCAACAGAUGAUCAAGGACCCCAAGGAAUUCGAGAGGCAAGCAAAGGCAUGGGCAGUGACAUAUGCUGGGGCACCAAAAUCCUUGAUCGGUGAAAGCAGUGGAGGAUCUACCGCAGAGUCAAUCGAAAAAGCUGAGAAGGCAAGCAAAGAGCGUGAAGCAGCUGCAAAUAUGGCCGUGUAUGAUGGGUACAACAAAGAUCUGAUUGACCGAUUCGUGCACAUGGGAUUUGAUGUGGAACGCGUAGUAGAGGCAUUUAAUUAUGUUGGUAUUGACCGCAAUGAGGGACAAGACUAUGAACUUGAGGAGGCCUACAUGGGUGACAUUACCGCCAGACUGCUCGGUGAACCCUGAAUAUUAAGAGGGUGGGAUCGAAGCAUUGCUGCAUAAAGCGCUGGUGUUCAUAGGAUUUGGGGCCACUGCACAUUUCAUCAUGGAUGUAUAUCAUGACGGUUGAUGACCACACGAGACAAUGAGAAUUCUCAGUUUGAGCGCCUCUGAUUCUCCAACGGCCCUGUAGGUGCGAUUAAAGCAUACUCCGUAACACAUUGUCACAGAUGCAGCCGCUUGGUGUUAGUGUUGCUGUGGGGUGCAGAAUAAUAAUAUCGGCAUCAAGUGAUCGUCGAUAUUUGAGCAUCAUAUUAUUUUCGAGGUUUUGCU